CGAGCACCUCCGAACCGAACCGCCGUCAUGCUGAAGUCUGUGAGUCGCGCAGUUCAGCUCGCAGCCCGUCUGUCCAGCAGGAGCUCCGCGCCGUCCGCUCCCGCCAUCAGACCCGCGCUGCACCUCAGCAGAACCUUCACCAGAUCCAUCUGGAGCCUGAGCAACAGCGGACCGGCGUCAGGCUCCAGGCCGAAGCUGCUCACAGCGACACGGGCUCUGCCGACAGUGUCCUGCGGCUGCGGGAGUCUGCAUACUGAGGGCGAUAAAGCGUUUGCAGAGUUUCUCACAGAUGAAAUCAAAGAAGAAAAGAAGAUCCAGAAGAACACGAGUCUUCCUAAAAUGUCCGGUGGAUGGGAGCUUGAACUGAACGGCACAGAAGCUAAACUCGUCCGCUCCGUGUCUGGAGAAAAAGUCACCAUCACUUUCAACGUGAACAACAGCAUCCCGCCACAGCUGGAGGAAGAGCCGGAGCAAACGCAGAAGGGUCAGGAAGAAGAGCCUGACAUUGUCUCGACGCCCAACUUUGUGGUUGAGGUGACCAAACAGGGCGCAAAGAAUUCACUGGUGUUUGACUGUCAUUUCCCUGAGGAUGAGCUUUUUGUCCCUGAGCAGACCGGCCACGGUGAGGGUGAGGAGGAGAGCGACAUCUUCACCAUCCGCGAGGUCAGUUUCCAGCCGGAGGGAGACGUGGACUGGAAGGAAACCAGCUACACGCUCAACACAGACUCUCUGGACUGGGCCCUGUAUGACCAUCUGAUGGACUUCCUGGCUGACCGCGGCGUCGACAACACGUUUGCGGACGAGCUGAUCGAGUUGAGCACGGCACUGGAGCAUCAGGAGUACAUCAAGUUCCUGGAGGAGCUCAGCACUUUCGUUAAAUGCAAAUAAUCUGUGCGCUGUUCGUACGGUCGAGAUUUAUCCCAAACUUUGAGAUACUUCUGGUUCUGAUGUGAUGACAGAAUGAAGAUGAAGGCAGAACAGUUUUGUAUUUAAUUUUAUAUCAUUUUUUCAAGUUAUGUGCACACUGGUUCAAAUGUCAGAUGGCUUUACAGGUCGAGAAUGUGAAGCAAACAUUCAUGAGAAAUAAAACUGAGAGGAAAUAUUGA